UCUUCUCUUCCCACCUCCUGGAACUCCAGGAAGAAGUAGGUUGGAGGGACUGGCUGGGGUAUGAGAUGGUGAAGAUGGAGGGAGUUGGAGAGAAGAGGCCAGGGGAUGAAGCUAACUCUGAACUCUCACUCUUAGAGGAUUAAAAAAAAAAAAGCAAAACACCUUCACCCCACCCCCACUUUUAGAAAGGAGCCCUUAAUACAUUAUUCAUUGGCCAGAAACAGGCUGCAGCCAAAGUGCUGAUGUCAGGAAGGAGUCAGUUCAGCAAGCAAGAUCAGCAGCAGCCCCAGCAGCGGCAGCAGCAACAUCCCCAGCGGCGGCAGCAGCAGCAGUAGCAGCAGCAGCAGCGGCAGCCGCCUCCCUCCCAGUUGCAUCCAGAGUCCUGGCUAUCGCCGGAGCUUAGCUGGGAGAAAGAGCCAGCGUCGGGGUGGGGGGUCGGGGGCCAGCAUGCUGCUCGGCUGCGGCUCCGGCUCCCACACCCGCCGCUUCAGUCCCUCGAAAAGCAAAGGCGGCGGCAGCAGCAGCAGACACAGUGUGAGCGGGCGCGGCUGCAGCGUCCGCAGCCUCCUGAGCGGCGGCAGCGCCCGGGCGCAGGGGCCCUCGGCCGGGCUAUGGUUGUGCUGAGGGGCUGCUGCGGGGGCAGCAGCGGCGGGUCGCUGCUGCUGCUGCUGCUGGCCGCCGCGUGUCUGCUGCAGCGCGCCCAGGUGAGGCGGCUGGUCCGCUGCCCGGCCACUUGCAGCUGCACCAAGGACUCCAUCAUCUGCGUCGGCUCCUCCUGGGUGCCAAGGAUCGUCCCGGGUGACAUCAGCUCCUUAAGCCUGGUAAAUGGAACAUUUUCUGAAAUCAAGGACCGAAUGUUUUCUCAUCUGCCUUCCUUGCAAUUGCUCUUGCUGAAUUCUAACUCUUUCACAGUCAUACGAGAUGACGCCUUUGCUGGCCUCUUUCACCUAGAGUACCUAUUCAUUGAAGGAAACAAAAUUGAAACCAUUUCAAGAAAUGCAUUCCGUGGGCUCCGUGACCUGACUCACCUUUCUUUGGCCAAUAACCACAUAAAAACACUUCCAAGGGAUGUCUUCAGUGAUUUAGAUUCGCUGAUUGAACUAGAUUUAAGGGGCAAUAAGUUUGAGUGUGACUGCAAAGCCAAGUGGUUGUAUUUGUGGUUAAAGAUGACAAAUUCCACUGUUUCUGAUGUCCUGUGUAUUGGUCCACCAGAAUAUCAGGAAAAGAAGUUAAAUGAUGUGGCCAGUUUUGAUUAUGAAUGCACCACUACAGAUUUUGUGGUGCAUCAGACUUUGCCCUACCAGUCUGUUUCUGUGGAUACAUUCAACUCUAAGAAUGAUGUUUUUGUGGCCAUUGCACAACCCAGUAUGGAAAACUGUAUGGUCUUGGAGUGGGACCACAUUGAAAUGAAUUUCAGAAGCUAUGACAAUAUUACAGGUCAGUCCAUAGUGGGAUGUAAGGCAAUCCUGAUCGAGGACCAGGUGUUUGUGGUGGUGGCACAGCUUUUUGGUGGCUCACACAUAUACAAGUAUGAUGAGAGCUGGACCAAGUUUGUCAAAUUCCAAGACAUUGAAGUUUCCCGGAUUUCAAAGCCCAACGACAUAGAGUUGUUUCAGAUCGAUGAUGAAAGGUUCUUUGUCAUCGCAGAUAGCUCUAAAGCUGGUUUGUCAACCAUUUAUAAAUGGAAUAGCAAAGGAUUCUACUCUUACCAAUCUCUGCAUGAAUGGUUCAGGGACACAGAUGCUGAAUUUGUUGACAUAGAUGGAAAAUCCCAUCUAAUCCUCUCCAGUCGCUCACAGGUCCCCAUCAUACUGCAAUGGAAUAAAAGUUCUAAGAAGUUUGUCCCACAUGGUGACAUUCCCAAUAUGGAAGAUGUAUUGGCCGUGAAAAGCUUUAGAAUGCAGAACAGCCUAUACAUUUCCCUUACCCGGUUCAUUGGGGACUCCAGAGUCAUGAAAUGGAAUAGUAAGCAAUUUGUGGAGAUCCAGGCUCUCCCAUCCCGUGGCGCUAUGACCCUUCAGCCCUUUUCCUUUAAGGAUAAUCACUACCUAGCACUGGGAAGUGACUACACCUUCUCCCAGAUAUACCAGUGGGAUAAGGAGAAGCAGAUCUUCAGAAAGUUUAAAGAGAUCUAUGUGCAGGCACCUCGUUCAUUCACAGCUGUAUCCACAGACAGAAGAGAUUUUUUUUUUGCCUCCAGCUUCAAAGGAAAAACACAAAUAUUUGAACAUAUAAUUGUGGAUUUGAGCUUGUGAAAAGCUUAAGGAGGUAGUUUAACAUACAGUGACAUUGGUUCUUAAGAGAAAAGGAAAACAGAGCCACAGCUCUGACUGGGAAAGUUGUUAGAAGUUUUCAAAACUUUUAGAAUUCACAUUUUAAUCAGGGAUUGCAUUUACUUGGCUAAUUGCAUGACAUGUCCACUCUCAUUUUAAAAGACAUUUGAAAGCCUGUAAUUAUUGAGAAAAGCUUGCAGCCUAUCAGCGUUAGCUCUUACUAUCAAGAAAGGAAAUGUGUUUUUUUUAAAUAAAGGAGGAGAAAAUUGGAUCAUAUGGUACAGCUCUGAUAACUAAAAUUUAGGAACUAUCCAUUCCACCUUAGUGAUUGUUUCAGUAAGAAUGCUUAAAGCAAAAGUCAGCUAAAAAACAUUUGCUGAUGAUUAGCAUAAAAUCUUAUAAUGUCAACACUCAGCAAAGCUAUUUUGGGCCAUCUGGUUCAUGAAAUUGCUGUCCAGCCUUCUUUUGUCCUUCUUUGAAUAAAAUGAAGGAUAUCGUUUUAAUUCACACUGAUGUGACAUGCUAGGGAUGUUAACUCUAUAGUAUUUGAAAUUUUUUUGUCCACUACUGAAGAAAAAAAAUGAUAAACCCUUUAGAGUCCUGGAUAUGUUAGUCUUGGCAGCAGCCUUUCAUUAGAGCUUCAAAAUUGGCCUACAUGAAGACCAUAAGUGUUUAAUAGUAGUUUGUGUGAACUAAAAUUGUUGAAUUCCUAGUAUUUGCUUACCCAAAAUCAUCCCUUGAGUUUGUUGGGUAACCCAACUGACAGGCCAAAGAUUGAAUGAUGCCAUGUACUUGGCCCUCAGAGAGAUGAAUCCCGGGAAGGCAGCCACCUCUGUCCACUGCUGUUGAUCAUCCUACAGAUUUUUUUUUCUAAAAAAGAUUUGUCCUUAGAGAAUCAUGUUAAGUCAUAGGGGAUCCUUCAUGAAAGACAGUUUGCUUAGAAAGCCACAGGCAGUCCUUUGGUUUUUGCAUGCUUCUCUCUUUCCCUACCAGACAAUGUACCUAUAUAAUAUAUGUAUGCAUACCCACACGUAUCUACCAUUUGUCUGUAGUUCUGCUUGGAGUUUGGUGAUGCCACUGUUAGCAACACAGUGAGCUGCUGACUCAUCUUUUCUGCUUCUCUCCACCCCCCACUGGCCCCUGACAUAAGGUACUGCAGGUGCCAGACUGUGAAAGUUCCGGAUCCCCUCAAAGAUCCCCCGAAUCUUUCCUGGUUUAGUAACAGCAAUGCUUAACAGUCACAACCACAACAACAACCAACUUCUGGGGUUAGAGCGUGCCCACAGGUUGAUCCACCUCCAGAUCAGGGAGGGAGGAAGGGAGCAUGGGGCCCUUAGGCUUAUCACAAGGGACUACAUAUCGAGCCAGAUGAGCUGAGUCAUAGAGACCAGUUCCAUGAUUCACAGGACCAAGUUGUCCCUGAUCAAAAUAAGCCUUUUUUUGACUCAUAAUGAAGUUUUUCUUUUUUGUCCUCUGGCCCCAGUUUUGUGGAGGAUUCUCAUUGGAUGCUCUGCAUGGUUAACAGCGUUUAUGACUCUAGUUUUCUUUGAAAUAUGUCAGGCUAGAUUUUUUAAGACUGCCUAUAUAAAGGGAAACCAACCACCUCUGUUCCAGCAGUGAAGUUAGCACAAUAUUAUUGCAUCAGUUUUUUUUAAAGUCCAUUUGCCAAGUCAUGGGUAGAUAGCAACCUAGCUACAAAUAUGAGUGGUUUACUGCCUAUAAACAGAGCGAUCUGUAGGCAGCAGCCCUUAGGAGGGUGAUGCCAUGAUGUUCUAGCAGCACCCUUGGGUGCACUAUGAGACUGCAGGCAAAGAGUUUCUAGCCCAGAAGAUGAGUGGAUCUAAUGAACCAGCCCACAUAUAACCAGAAGUGUUACCACUUUGACAUUUAUUUCCAGUCGAGCACUAAAUUAAUGCACAAGACGAAGUCCGCUUUCCGUUUUUCCCCUAAGCAUAUUUUAGAUUUCUUUUCUUUUCCUGCUUACAUUUUAUCUUCUGUGCUUUAUUUGAACUGAUGACGCAAGCCCCAGAGGCUUCCAUGUCUCCCUUGACCCUGGGAGGUAGGAGUACCUGGACCACCCUAUAGCUCUCUCACUAGCUGUGAAGAUGGCUAGUGAACACUUCUUAACUCUGGGCACCACUCUGUCCAGCUCAUGUUGCAAACUGGACAAGUAGCAUAGGCAAAGUUUAAAAAAAAAAACCUCUCCAUGCCCCAGCCCAGCUCACUCCAGUAUUCUGUAUGCCACCUGCUAGUGAUGGGCACACCUGAAGAGGCAUAAUCUCAUAGUACUGCCUCAACUGACUGGUUCCCCAGUGUCUUUUCUGACAGCAGAAAAUAGGGGUGUAAAUUUUGCACACAAUAGAGAUCACCAGGAAGCACAGAAAUGCUGGUUUUCUUGAGAACAGAUGGGCAUUAGUGACUAAAAGAAAAAAAUUAUAAGUCACCUAGGUGGGGCAGUGAAUAGAAUGCUGGACUGGGAAUCAAGAAU